AUGAUUAAGCCAAGAAUAAAAUCCUUGUAUCUGAUCAUACUGAAAGAGGCCAACAUCGUGAUCACGGUCCUGACAGCGUUUUCAAUACUAUAUCUACGGUCGGCCCAUUCGCUAUGGUUCGGGUUGGGUGCCAUCGUAGCCACAGCAACAGCUAAAAUAUUGAAGAGAUGUAUCAAGCAACCCAGGCCGACAGAAUCUACGAAGAAAUCCUUUGGAAUGCCUUCAACACAUUCAUCAUCCAUCACAUUCUAUGGAAUCUAUUUGCUUCUUGUUUGCUUAUUACUACCAAUCCAUCCCAAGAUGACCAACUUAUUACCAGGCAACGGGAUAGCGGCCGGGAAUACUGAAGGAAUUCACACUCAGACGACGAGCAACAACCAGAAGGAUUUUCUAUCGAGUUGGGUGAACACAAUGGGAGGCGAAGAAGGAACAGUCGAGUCGCUUGGCGAUUCCCCGAGUCUCCUCAACGUCUUCCUCCGUCUAAUAUACGGAUCGGUGUUCAUCCUGAUCGCUGUUGUGGUCUGUUGGUCGCGGAUCAAGCUGGGACAUCAUACACAUAAACAAGUGAUCGCAGGUGCGGGGAUUGGCGGAUUGAUGGGUGUGAUAUGGUUCGGGAUCUGGACGGGCUUCAAGUUCCCCAAGGCCUUCCUUCUCGGCCACUAUUACUACCACCCCUCAUCCUCUCCACUCUCGUCCAUCGACCGUACCCAGCUUGUCACUAUCAGAGGAAUCGGCCCUUACUUGGAACCGGCUUUCUCGAGAAUCUCGAUCUUGUUUGCCGAGGCUUGGUAUAUGCGCGACUUUGGUCUCGUCUGGGACGGCCUCAUCCGGCCUACUAUCAACCAAAUCGGCUUCUUCUUCGGCUUUCAUCAUCGCAUCUUCGAUAACGGCCUCCCGCCCAAUUCUAACUUACAUCUCAUCAAACCUCAUCUGGAUUCCAGUCUUCAACGUUGA